UAAAAGCUAGGUCUUCUGUAUCUAUUCUCUUCUCUUCUCUGGUGUGAUUCCUCUCGAACUCGCCCGCCGCCGUCGCCGUCGCCGUCGCUGCCGCCGUCCUAUAAGCGUUAACCAUCAUCUAUUUCCUCUCGCCAGGUUUUCAGGGAGGGAGCGCAAGGGAAAUUUCUCAACACAAAAAGAGGAACACUUUCUAAGUCUUAGUUUCCGUGUUGGCAAUAGUUUCUUGAAUAUAUCUUUUGCCUCUUUAUUGGAAAUGGAUCUCAAGCCUUUUAAGCUGGACAUUGAUGAACUCAUUAAUGAUUUUGCCGAGAAAAACCAGUCAUCCUUUACGGAAUGGAAGAAAGUUUGGCUUUCCAGAAAGUUUUCCCUCUUAUUUGAGGCUAAGCCCCCUACAAAGCACGCCUUCUUUAUGCAAUCACUGUAUGGUCACUGUAUUGGUUACAUGAUCUCAACAGAUUCUAUGCAACAUAGAUUGGGUGGUCUCUAUUGCCUUUACUGUCUUCAUGAGAUUCAACCAUUCAAACCGCCAUUCAAAGCUUACUUAUCUGUAGGGGAACUGACGAGUCUCAGACAUCUUGUUGUUGAUGCAAGAAAUAUGAACAUAAGAGUGGUGUCUACAUUAGUGAAGGCAAUGCUGGAAAAGAACAUUUUUCUUUUGGGGGCAGUGGAUUUACGCGAAGCAGCUGUAAAGGAGAGGGUAGAUGAACUCACAGAUAUACAGAAUGCUCGAAUCCAAUCAGCAUAUAACAAGUUAUUUUCAGAGCCUUCUGGCCAGGCGAAGCUUGAGGACUACGUUCACAUGGAUUUGGGUAAGGAAAUAAAUGUUGAUGCAAUAAUGAAAAUUUCCAAGGACUAUGCAGUUGCCAAGGAGCUCGCCAUCACAGAGGCUAGCAAAAUUGUGGAUGUUCAAGACAUAAAGCACAUAGCAAAAGGCGACAAACUGAUUGGAGAAGUUGUCAGGAAGUGUGCCGAGGAUUGGAACACUCAGAAGCAACUGUUUUAUCAACGAACAGGAAUGGACCAGAAAGUUUCAAUUGAAAAAUCCAACGAGGCAGACGAAGAACACGAGGAGGGAAAUGCGAAUAAUUUCACAGACGAACUUGAGCAGAUGCUCUAUAAUACCGAAGAUUAGAAAAUAACAUAUAAUUAGAUUUAGAAAUGGUUUGGUGUAAAUCUUCUAUUCUCAUAAUCAAUUGUUCAUUGUAUUAGUAUAUUCAAAAUUUAACUAAUUUGAGUGAUUAAUAGGAAUUUAUUAAUAUAAGAUU